UCUUUGCCGCCCUCAAAAUGGCGGCGUCAGCGUCCCGCUUCCCUUAACUCCCUUUGUGUCCACCAACCGGCCAGAGAGGCUCCUGUUGGGCGUGGCUUUCGGGUUGCCUUGGCGACGGGGCCCAGAAACCUGUAGGGGAGGGGGGAUGCUUGCGGGGUUCCGAAGAUUCCACGUCGCUGAAAUCCCCGGAGGCGCAGGUCCAUGGCUGAAGUCCACGUGAUUGGUCAGAUUGUGGGAGCCAGCGGAUUCCCCAGCAGCAAUCUUUUUUGUAAAUGGGGGAUCCACACAGGGGGUGCUUGGAAACUGCUGUCUGGGCUCCGGGAGGGACAGACGCAAGUUGACCACCCUCAGCUGGAUGACAUGGCUUACUGGUCCCAUCCCAUCGAUGUCCACUUUGCCACCAAAGGUUUGCAGGGCUGGCCCAAACUGCACGUCCAGGUGUGGCAUGAAGACUGUUUCGGGCGCACGGAGCUGUACGGCUAUGGCUUCUGCCACAUCCCGUCGAGCCCCGGCUUCCACCAGCUGGACUGCGUGACCUGGCGCCCGCUGGGCUCCUGGCAGGAGCAGCUGUCCCAGCUUUUUGUGGGCGGGGGCCCCCAGCUGGUCAACAGCGACCUCGUCUACACGGGGGCCGACCGCUACCGCCUCCAGACCCGCGCCAUGGGCACCGUCCACCUCCAGCUGGCGGUCCUGCUGCGCAACUUUGACCGCUACGGGGUCGAGUGCUGAACUCCCAGCGGGACGGCCCCCCUGUUCAGCGAGCGGGGGAGGAAGGAAGGAAGCCCCCCCGCCUGCAAGACCUUCAACGGAAAGGAAAGCCUUUUGCGGCCACGGAGGCAGCAUCCUCACGCUCCAGGACCCAGGGCGUUGGCCCAGGGGUUGCGCCCGCCUUGCUGGGUGCAGAACUCGCCGGGGAUCUUGAGCCGGAAAAAGGCACGCCGUGUUGAAGGAAGAGGCCUAACAUUUGGGGGAUACAAAAGGGACCAGUGCUUAACCUAAAGGAAGAAAAAGCGAGUUUUCCAGCGUUUCCAGAGUUUUCUCAUCUGGGCCGGGAUCUCGGGAGAGACAUGCAUCCCAGCCCGGGGUUCCUCUGAGACACCCCCCCCCUCCUUUGCUUUUGGGAAGGAGCGGAAAGAAGCUUUGCUCAUCGGAUUUUCAGUUUCUUCAAAUCGCUCAUAACUGGGAGGACCAGUGUUGCCGGCACCGACGUUCUGGGAGACCCAUUUGUACACCUCCUGUUUCUUAUUUCUGUAUGGCCCUUUUGCCCCACGGUGCAUUAAACUGGCUUUUGGUAAA